AUGCACGACAACCCGCCGUGCAGCACCCUUUUCAUCGGCAACCUGGGGCCGGGCGUGACAGAGGCGGAGCUGCGGCGCGUGUUCUCAGUGCAGCCGGGCUACGUCCAGCUGCGGUUCUCCCUCAACCAGCGGGGCGUCACCUGCUUUGUCGAGUUUGAUUCGGUGGAGAACGCUGUCCUCACCCACACGCAGCUGCAGGGCCAGGUGCUGGAGACUAAUGACAGGGGGGCUAUGCGCAUCCAAUUCAGCAAGUCCCCGCUCAACCGCAAGCGCGACGCGGGCGGCAACCCGGCGGGCGGCGGCCUGGAAUACGGGGCGCAGGCGCCGUCGGCGCCGCUGCAACUGCCAAUUAUCAAGCUGUGA